CCUCCGUCUUUCUCUCCCGGCGCACCCCUCCCUCCCUGCUGCCUCCCUCCGUGCCCGCACCCGGCCGCACUCCCCGCUCCCCUCUCCCCUCCGCGCGUUCCGCCUGCCCUCGGCUCCCCCCUCGGGCCGUGCCGGGGCAGCCCGGGGAGCGGGGCCGGCACCGCGCUAUGAGUCCCGCGGCCGCUGCUGCUCCCUAGGGCUCCGUCCCCGGGGGGGGCCGGGACCGGGACCGGGACCGGGACCGGGCAGAGGGCUCCCCGGGCAGGGGGCUCCUGGGGGGAGAGUGGGCAGGGGCCGUGCCGGCCGUGCCGCAGCCGGGACUGGGGUUGGCGAGGAGGGGGGUGCCCGCCGUGCGUGCCAUGAUCGGCUCGCAGUCCGCCGAGAAGCUCGGCAGGAUGAAAAAGUUGCGGAGAACUUUGUCGGAGAGCUUCAGCCGCAUAGCCUUGAAGAAAGAAGAUAGCGGCUUUGAUGAGAUAUGUGUCACAAAGAUGUCUACAAGGAACUGCCAGGGAAUGGAUUCAGUGAUCAAACCUCUGGAUACAAUUCCUGAGGACAAGAAAGUCAGGGUCCAGAGGACACAAAGUAGUUUUGAUCCAUUUGAGAAACCAACCAACCAAGUGAAGAGGGUUCAUUCGGAGAACAAUGCUUGCAUUAACUUCAAAACUUCAUCUGCAGGGAAAGAAUCACCUAAAGUCAGACGGCAUUCCAGUCCUAGCUCUCCUACAAGCCCCAAGUUUGGAAAAGCAGACUCAUAUGAAAAGCUGGAGAAACUAGGGGAAGGCUCCUAUGCUACAGUAUACAAAGGAAAAAGCAAGGUAAAUGGAAAGCUGGUGGCACUGAAGGUGAUUAGAUUACAAGAAGAGGAAGGAACCCCAUUUACAGCUAUCAGGGAAGCUUCUCUUUUGAAAGGACUGAAACAUGCAAACAUUGUGCUGCUUCAUGACAUCAUUCACACCAAGGAGACCUUGACACUUGUAUUUGAAUAUGUGCACACUGAUUUAUGUCAGUACAUGGACAAACACCCUGGAGGGCUUCAUCCAGAAAAUGUGAAGUUAUUUUUAUUUCAGUUGCUGCGAGGACUGUCUUACAUCCACCAGCGUUACAUUUUGCACAGGGACCUGAAACCACAGAAUCUUCUGAUCAGUGACACGGGGGAGUUAAAGCUGGCAGACUUUGGUCUUGCAAGAGCUAAAUCAGUUCCCAGCCAUACAUAUUCUAAUGAAGUGGUAACCCUAUGGUACAGGCCUCCAGAUGUCCUUUUGGGAUCAACAGAAUAUUCCACCUGCCUUGAUAUGUGGGGAGUGGGAUGUAUCUUUGUAGAAAUGAUUCAAGGGGUCGCCGCUUUUCCGGGAAUGAAAGACAUUCAAGAUCAACUUGAAAGGAUAUUUCUGGUACUUGGAACACCAAAUGAAGACACGUGGCCUGGAGUCCACUCCUUACCCCAUUUCAAACCAGAACGGUUUACACAGUACAGCCCUAAAAACCUUAGACAAGCAUGGAAUAAGCUGAGCUAUGUGAAUCAUGCAGAAGAUCUAGCCUCCAAACUACUCCAGUGUUUCCCAAAGAACAGAUUGUCAGCACAGGCAGCCCUGAGCCAUGAGUAUUUCAGUGAUCUGCCCCCACGGCUAUGGGAGUUAACUGACAUGUCUUCUAUUUUUACUGUACCGAAUGUAAGAUUACAACCAGAGACUGGAGAAAGUAUGAGAGUCUUUGGAAAAAACAAUAGCUACAGCAAAAGUGUAUCAAACAGCAAACAUUGAAGAAUACCUAUGUUCACAACAGAUAAUGCAGGAUUAAAUUUACCAGUUUGGAGGAGGGAAACAAAAACCUAAUGAGGAGGCCGACACCAGGAAGGAACCACGGCCUGUUUCCUUUCUUUCUCUGUGGUGGAUUUCAUUCAAAAGAAAAUUGAAGCUGGCAAGACCCUGUUUUUCCCUGCAAUUUAUUUAAAACCUUGCACGUGUUUGGAUACCUUGUGAUUUCAGAGAACUAUGUGAAGAUUAAGCUUUUGCUUACUGAUACAUGGCAUGUACUCUUUCAGUCUUUUGUGUUUGAUUUUGUUUGAUUUUCCACUGCAGUGCUGCAUCUUUGUAAGGAUUUUUAUGCUUUCACCAGCAAAGUCUUAAAUACAUUAAGACAACACAUUUGGUGUUCACACUUCUUCAGUAAUGACUGUACAAAAAAAACCAAUGGUGGCAUAAAGGACUGUGUGUUUUCUUUGAGAGUUGUGCACAUUUUGCAACCAAUGGGAAGACAAUUUCUGCCAGAGCAAGCCCAACUUGUCUGAUCGGCUGACAAUUACAGCACCUUGCCACUAUUCCUGAAGUGUUGUUGGGUUAUUUCUUUUUUUCAUUAUCUCCUCAGACCAUUUAUAUCCAUAUUAAAAACAUGGCAAUAAUUGCAUGUUUAUUUCAGUACUCUGAAUUUGGUUACUCUGCUUAGGCUAUGUAGCAUGCCAGUUUUCAAAAAAGGCCUGUGAGAAGGACAAAGCAAAAAAUGAUGAGAUGUACUCAGCUGACAGAUACAAGACAAAUUCUUUAAGGUUUUACUCCCAUUAUGCAUAUUUCUUUCUUUGUUGGGUCUUGGCUAACAUCUCUGUUUUUCCUCACGUUAUUUACCUUUCAGAAAGUUUUCUUGAAAAGAAAACAGAGAUGCUGAAACUGUUCCGUUUAAUUCAAGGCAGAUACUAAGGUACAGAGAAACUUUUGUUUAAUGAGCCAUUAAAUCCAGCUGUGUUAUUUUGCUGCUUACAGAGUGAAAUGGAGAAUUUUCCUUAUCCCAAGCUGUUUGCUGUUCCACACCAAAGCACCUUUCAAGUUAUUUUCUAUAGGUAUCCUGAUCUGAUUGGAAGGCACUGCCAGAUGACGUGUCUUUAGAUCGCUUUUCUGAAUGAAUCAUUCAAAUGCAAACUUUGCAAGAAACAAAGUUGUGUGAUUUUAGAAAAGGAAGCCCCUGCUACAUUGUGUUUGGGGAGAACAUUGUGUUCAAGGGUGGAAUAAACCUGCCCUGAUCAUAACACAAUGCUUUGCAUUCAGAAAGAGCAGGGUACGGUGCAAAAACCACUGCUGAGUUAUGCUCCUGCUCGGACAGAACCGCUUGCUAGGCAAUAUUAUUCUACACAUAAAUUUGACAUCCUUUGCUUGCUGGAUGCAUUGAAUUACAUUUUUAAGAAAUGCAGUAACGCUUUGGUUAGCUUUCAGUGUUUAAAAGGAGGGGAAAAGGAUUUGUGCUACUGCCAUCUUAUUAAACUCCAGCGGUGUUUAAUAAGAAAAGAACACCCAAUAAGGCAAAUCCUUGAAUGCUCAAGUAGCUACGAAAGGCCUCUUAAUGAACUAGGAUAUGAGUCUACACUUUCAAAGUGUAGAUAUUCUCAAUAUUUGCACAGCCAUUAAAACACAAUUUUCCCCAAUGACACCUCUGUUUCAGGAUCUGGUAAAAGCCAUCUGAAAGCCACUUUCAGUCACAAUCCUAUUUAGAAGUUACUACAAUUUUUCUCCUGCGUUUAUGAGGGGGGAAAAAGUGACCGGUGAACUUUUGACUUUAUCACACACUGAAACUGCCUUAGACGUGGUUUGUUUGGGUUUCAUGUUGCUUUUUUUUGUAAGAGAAAAGUCUUUUAUACAUUUGUGCAGUUUGAUGACUAAAAUUAGCUAUUUUUAGAAAAAAAAAACUUGCUGCAAAAAUCUGAAGAAUUUUUGAAAAUGUAACAAAGAUUUCAAUUAGGAAUAUAAGGGUAGUUUCAUAGACACAUCUACUUGGCAGCUUAAACUGGGAGGCAAGCAAUUAUGCUGCUCAACUAAACAUCUGAAGGUUUAAUAUAGAGAGUAAUUCCCUAACUGUUCCCACAAGCCUAGCACAUUGCUAUCCAUAGUGAGUCAUGGAGUAUUUGCUUAAGGUAUAUGUGUGUGUGUGUGUGUGUGUGUAUGUACACACACGUGCGUGUGAGAUUAUCUUCUCUGCCCCAUUCCCACUUUUAAGCAACCACUGAAAUAAUUAAAGUUCAUCCACGCAUCUUCAAACUCAGUUGCCCGAAGGAAAGUGCAUAAAUACCUAGGUUCCUAAAUAGUAACUUGAUUUUCAGCACUAACGGGGUUAUUUCAGCUGCAGAUCAAUUAAGGGAUGGCUGGGAUUACUUAAUGUUCCUCCUUUCGGGUUGUUCUGAUUCCCUGUGGUGAGUUGGGUUUGCUGUCACCUGCAGAGGCGCUGAGUCUUGGGGGUGUUCCUGCACCAAGGCACCUGGGCUCAGCCAGCUGGUGCCAUUCGCAUGAGUGCUGCACGUUCUUUUCCUGGAUCAUCCAAUCUUCUGGGAAACCUCAAAUUUUAAAUUUUUUAUUGCUUUGAGAAAAUGGAAGCUCCUUUGUCCAGGGAACUGACUGUACAGCCUUAUUUCCCCUUUUCUCUUUCCAGUAGAGCCCCUACCAGCAUCAGUAACCUGAUUUGACACCCAUCGGUUAGGAUUCCCCGACAACUAGCCCAUCUCUCCAGCAUCUUGCAGAAGUGAGGUUCUCCCCAUAGCUCUUCUCAGUGCUGAUGAAUGGACUUCUUAAAUCCCAUCAAUGCUCUUGGUACAGCUUCAGGGAAUAUCAGUAGUGUUACUCUCUUUUUCUCACAUCCUUCCCAAACCAGUUCCCUGCAGAAUCUUCAAAGGGACAAGAAAAAUUAGCCUGGUCUUCCAGACAUGCUGCAGGUGCUGGGAACGCAGUGCUUCAUGCCAUCAAUAGUCAAAAGUUGGUUUAAAUGACCCGUAGUCUGUGCAGCCCAGUCCUUCUGCGGGACUCGCUUGGAGUUGGUAGCUGGCAGCAGUGUGACUUUUUUUUGGCUCACCACUUGGCUGAGCCCCGGGAGAUCCUUCCUGAUGAUGCUGAGAGGAUGUGGCUUAGCUGCCAGAGGGGAGAGCAGCCACAGGGCAGCAGGUGCAGUAGGCAGAUAGAAGUGGGAGGCACAUUCUAACAGCGUAUGAUACCUGAUAUUAGGUGACUGGGGAGGGAAGAUGGUGACAGAGAUGGUCUGCAUGGUACGGAGGUUCCUUAUGAGGCCAGGUUCACAGAACCUGACUUUAAAGCCAGCUAUCUGGAGAUGGCUUCGUCCCCACUCGUGCUGGGCUCAGAGCAGCUCUAACCCACACCCAGCACCCAGCAGGCACAGCACCAGUCAGGACACACCAAUGCUGCCAACAUUACAUUCUUGUGUGGUGUCCCGGGUCGGUUGGGUCCUUUCGUUUCUCACUAUUGUUUUUAAACAGAACCGUGUUUUAGGAUAACGUCAGUACAUGCAACACUGAAAAUUCAAUCUGCAGUAGACAGAGGCACUGGGGUUUUCAUUUUGUCGUUGUUGUGCAGGGGUUCUGGACUUCAGGCACCUGUGGAAAGAAGCUAGGUGAUAAAUUCCCUUUGGGCUGGUGGAUGACAUCCACUCCUGUGUACUCUGUGUCAGUGCACGCAAUUGAAUGUGUAGUCAGUGCUCUGGUAUGCUCACACACAAAAUACUCAUCUGUGAAUACUAUUGGGUUUUGUAAUCUUUGUUAUAUAAAAUGUUUAGGCUGUACAGAUGGGGGAGCAAAAUACUGACGCCCCAUAUAAAUAGAAUUAUGUUGCAUUACUGAGCAUAACAAUACUCUCCCCUACCAGCAUUUAGGUGGAGUGACCGUAUGUUACUGCCUUGCAUUUUUCACAUAAGCAAAAAAUCUAAAAGUAAAGGAUGCACUAAAAAUUCCCAUCCCCCCAGAUGCAUUUCAAUGGUGCUGCAUACAGAAUCCCAGCUUGCCAGCUUCCACGUGGAUUUUUGUAUGGUGCACUAAGAGGUGUUCUUUUUUUAACGAAUAAAAAGGGGAGGGCUGGUACAUGAAAACAAUGUUAAUGUAAUUAAAUAUAUAUAUAUAUAUAUACUUCAGAAGAACAGCAUAGUAAGCAGUACAGUAAAAUAAAUGUUGCAUUAUUUGUUACACCUUGUAAUUUGUCUGUAUUAUGAAAGAUGUAAUGGUUUGUCAGCUGUAACUGUUGUUUUCUUGUAACAUCAUAUUGAAUAAAGUGUAGCAGAA